UUUCUUAUGUCUCAUCCCACGCAGCACCACCAAACCUCCAACCCUCAUAAGCGUUCAUCUCCGUUUAACACCACCUCGUCCUGCUGCUUCCAUCCCCGGCCAGCGGCGGAGCAGCAGCACCACCACCUUCACAACCUCUUGUUCCGGCGAUGAAAAAGGCCAAGUCUCAGGCCGUAGCUUACUCUCUGGAUAACAACAAGAACGGCCAGCCUCCGCACGUCCACUUCUCCCCUGAUAUCGACGUUAAUAACGCCUCAAUGCUCGAUGUAGAAGAAGAAGAUCCUGGUAGCCUCUCAAGCGACGUCGUUAUGGACCCCAAUCUAAGCAGUUUUAACAGUAAUGCUAUGUCCCGGGGGGCCUCCUCUGGCACUGCUAAUCUGUCUCGGAAGAAGGCUACCCCUCCUCAGCCCCAAAAGAAGCUCGUCAUUAAGCUUCUCAAAGGCAAGCCAACGCUGCCUUCUAAUUUUGAAGAAACCACCUGGGCAACACUAAAAUCAGCUAUCAGUGCUAUAUUCCUGAAGCAGCCAGAUCCCUGUGACCUGGAAAAGCUGUACCAGGCGGUAAAUGACCUGUGUCUGCACAAAAUGGGGGGGAAUCUUUAUCAACGAAUUGAAAAGGAGUGUGAAGCACACAUAUCAGCUGCACUGCAAUCUUUGGUUGGGCAGAGCGAGGAUUUGGUGGUUUUCUUGUCCCUUGUUGAGAAGUGCUGGCAGGACUUUUGUGACCAGAUGUUGAUGAUCCGUGGUAUAGCUUUGUAUCUUGAUAGGACAUAUGUGAAACAAACUCCAAAUGUGCGUUCACUGUGGGAUAUGGGCUUGCAGCUUUUUCGCAAACAUCUUUCUCUAGCAUCAGAGGUAGAACAUAAAACGGUGUUCGGUCUCCUGAAAAUGAUUGAGAGUGAAAGAUUAGGUGAAGCGGUUGAUAGAACUCUCCUCAAUCAUCUUCUGAAGAUGUUCACUGCAUUGGGAAUCUACUCUGAAAGCUUUGAGAAGCCUUUUCUGGAUCGCACAUCUGAGUUCUAUGCUGCUGAAGGUGUUAAGUACAUGCAGCAAUCAGAUGUUCCAGAUUACUUGAAGCAUGUGGAGAUAAGGUUGCAUGAAGAACAUGAAAGGUGUUUACUUUACCUGGACGGAAGUACAAGAAAGCCAUUGGUGGCUACUGCAGAAAGACAACUUCUUGAACGACAUAUUGCUGCAAUUCUUGACAAAGGUUUCACAAUGCUGAUGGAUGGCCAUCGCAACGAGGACCUUCAAAGGGUGUAUACACUCUUCUCUAGGGUUAUUGCCCUUGAGUCCUUGAGACAGGCCCUUAGCUCUUACAUCCGAAGAACUGGGCAGGGCAUUGUCAUGGAUGAGGAAAAAGACAAAGAUAUGGUAUCCAGCCUACUAGAAUUCAAGGCAUCGCUUGAUACGAUAUGGGAGGAAAGCUUUUCUAAGAAUGAGGCAUUUAGCAAUACCAUCAAAGAUGCAUUCGAGCAUCUGAUUAAUCUGCGGCAGAACCGACCUGCUGAGCUAAUUGCCAAAUUUUUGGACGAGAAGCUCCGCGCUGGGAAUAAGGGUACUUCAGAGGAGGAACUGGAGGGUACACUUGAUAAAGUUUUGGUUCUUUUCAGGUUCAUACAGGGUAAAGAUGUAUUUGAAGCAUUCUAUAAGAAAGAUCUUGCCAAAAGGCUACUGUUGGGAAAAAGUGCAUCCAUUGAUGCAGAGAAGUCCAUGAUUUCCAAGUUAAAGACAGAGUGUGGCAGCCAAUUUACUAAUAAACUUGAAGGAAUGUUCAAGGACAUUGAGUUAUCGAAAGAAAUAAAUGAAUCAUUCAAGCAAUCAUCCCAAGCUCGGAUAAAACUCCCAUCUGGAAUUGAGAUGAGUGUCCAUGUCUUAACAACAGGAUACUGGCCAACAUAUCCACCAAUGGAUGUUCGGCUUCCCCAUGAACUCAAUGUGUAUCAGGAUAUUUUCAAGGAAUUUUAUUUAAGCAAGUACAGUGGGAGAAGAUUGAUGUGGCAAAACUCAUUGGGGCAUUGUGUGCUGAAAGCAGAAUUCCCAAAAGGUAAAAAGGAGCUGGCAGUUUCCCUAUUUCAGACUGUUGUUUUAAUGCUGUUUAAUGAUGCCGAGAAGCUUAGCUUUCAAGACAUCAAGGAAUCCACUGGCAUUGAGGACAGAGAGCUAAGGAGGACUCUUCAAUCACUUGCAUGUGGAAAAGUUCGUGUUCUUCAGAAGAUUCCUAAAGGUAGAGAAGUAGAAGAUGAUGAUUCCUUCAUGUUCAAUGAUCAAUUUACUGCUCCUCUAUACCGUAUAAAGGUGAAUGCAAUCCAGAUGAAGGAAACGGUAGAGGAGAACACAAGCACCACUGAAAGGGUGUUUCAGGACCGUCAAUAUCAGGUUGAUGCAGCUAUUGUCCGGAUAAUGAAAACCAGAAAAGUGCUGAGUCAUACUCUCUUGAUAACUGAACUUUUUCAACAGCUCAAGUUUCCAAUAAAACCAGCUGAUUUGAAGAAAAGGAUUGAAAGCCUCAUAGACAGGGAGUACCUCGAGCGCGACAAGAAUAACCCUCAAAUAUACAACUAUCUGGCAUAAAAAACUACAGAAUGUUUAAAGUUUUUCAUUGUAAAUUACAUGGGGAAGCUCGCAGUUUCCAAUGCUAGGCUGCAAGAUUGUGUACAGUAAUUCGUAGAUGUUAUUUUUGUUGUGCUGAGCACCGCAACUGUAAAGAAGGAUACACUGUUACUAUGUUUCCUUUUUUUUUUUUUUUGUCAUUUCCAAUAUCGAUUUGCAAGGAUACAUUAUAUGAUUGGAUCUUGUGGGUUACGUUUUGGAAGAAAGAGAGCCUCAGGUUUCAUAUUCUAAGAGAGGUUUUUGGACAUAGUGCUAAUAAA